AUUGCUUCUUCUUCCAUUAACAAUUCCAAGUCGAGGAGAGAAGGGGAAUUGAGGAUCGAUCAUGGGGAGAUUGGGCUACGAUGCCAGAGUCAACCACUUCAGCCACCCUCACCCUUUGGAGCUCACCUCGCCGGACCACCGCUCGACGUCCCCGCCGCCGACCUGUGCUGGUUGUGCCCUCCCGGCCUCCGCCGGCGCCUACUACUCCUGCAAGGCCUGCGCCUACGCGCUCCACGUGCCGUGCGCCCAGAUGCCGCCGCGCAUCCGCCACCCGGCGCACCCGCACCACUCCCUCACCCUCCUCGCCGCCGCCUUCUUCGACUGCGCCGCCUGCGGCCAGCUCGGCGCCGCCGGCUUUUCCUACCGCUGCGCCCCCUGCGGCGUCGACUUCCACGCCCGCUGCGCCUCCAUGCCGCUCUCCGUUGAGCACGCGGCCCACGACCACCCGCUCACCCUCGUCUUCUCCGCCCCCUACGAGGAUGGCGGCGGCUUCUCCUGCGACGCCUGCGGGGGCGUAGGCGGCAACCACUGGCUCUACCGCUGCGCCAUGUGCGAGUUCGACGCCCACGUCGGGUGCGCGACCGCCGAUCCCGCGCCGCCCCAGUCGCCAACCCGACUGGCCCCGCGGCGACCACCAGGAAGAGGAGCACUGCCGGCGGCCAGAGGGAUGGGUGGAAACAGGGGAGGUUGGCAAGGCCGGCCGGUGGGUGGCAUGGUGCAACAGCCACUGGGAUUAGCAAUGGGCAGUCUGGGGGGGCUUGGAAGAAGCGUGAUGAACCAGAUGGUGCGAGGAUUCGUCAACGGCGCGGCGAACCAGGUGGUGCAGGGCAUAGUCGGAGCCGGCGACGACGGAAGCUCAACGAUGGACAUGGAAUACGGCAUUGAAGCUGAUUCAUUUGGUGACUCAGUUGAGCAGUGAAGAGAAGGAACUUGUUCCCUUCAAUCUCGAGAGGUUUGUUAUCUUUUACUCAUGUAAGCAGCAAAGUCGAGCAAAGAUUAAUUGUGUUUAAGCUUAUUGAUUAUAAAUUUUAUCAAGUUUAAUGCUU